AUGCCUGAACAAUCUUUUGACAUCGAUUUUGCCGGCCAAUAUACAAUUUCCAAGCACGGCACAGAGCAUGGCCUGGGAGAAAAAUUUCACGACAUUCGAAACAUGUUUCUGAGUAUCGGUGAAAACUACCACCAAGAACACUGGAAUUCCGCACAGCUAGAAGCUGGCUUACAUGAUGCGUGGGACUUUCUCAUACAAAUUUCAAAAGCUACCCCCGCGAUAAGUCCAGAACAGGAUAAACUGGUUGUCCUGAUUCUGACCAUAGAGGCACUUCAAGUGUUCAGUCAUCGAAGUGAGAGUAAAGAGGGGCAAACCCAGAAUAUUACCCUUUCCCACCGUGACCAAUCAAGGGAAAAUCUUCCGUUUCUUGCACUGGACCUACAGAACGAAUGGAUUACCAAAUCGCAACAAUACACUUCCUGUGAGCGUAAAAGCUUCGCUGCAUUCACUGCCAAACUUUACGCGGCUGGGAUGUUUGAGAAUGAAUUGAGUAUCGUUGUUCUAUGGCUGCUGAAAAUGACGCUCGAAGAAAAAAUACCUCUGAGACAUGAUACAAAUCAAGAUGAUAAUAUAACCCAAUGUGGUGAUGGUUCAACACCAAAGUCCACGGUCGCUGAUUUACUCCCCGCUUGUUUUGCGUGGCUGGCGAAUGCAAAUUUCAAACUUCUUACUAUGGCAGCAGAGAAUUACAACCCUUGCUCGUCUGUUUCUUUGACGUCUAAGCACGAAGCUCGAACCGUAACUGGAAGCCUGGCAGCCGAAGCAAAUGUUAAAAGCUCUGGCUUUAGUAUCUCUCGAUGGGUCUUCUGGAGAUUUCGUCUAAAAGAGCUCACAUUUUGCGCGGACGAAGAAGUAUCCCAAUUAGCGAGAGAGAGCUUUAAUGAGAUGAUUCAUACAGGUGUGGUUUUGGGUAUUGAUGUCCAUGGAGAGAAGACCUAUCUCAGCAAGGUUCAUGAAGCAGUCAGCUCAGAGUUCAAGAAGAGAGGAAUGACCGAGUGUGUCGAUGCAAGCGAUGUCAGCAUCAAUAUGGACUGGGCAGACUAG